CAUGACAAUUUUGGUAGACAAUCGACCGGUUCUUUUAGUGCACGUCAUGGAUUUUAUUGCCGAACCAACAAGAAAUCAGGUGAUACCCCGUAGGUACUGAGAAGUACAAUGUAACGUAAUACAGUUAUCCGCUUUGGAAGGUCCAGUGGAGAAAGAACGGGCCGUAAGUAAGUAAAUUUUGCAGGCUUCUUCUCCGAUCUCAAUGGAAGGAGAGAAACGGAGCUAUUCUACUUUUCCCUCCGUCGUAUCGACUGGCAUUUCUCUGACACUGGGAUAAGGAACACACAUUCAUGGCAUUGUGGCUUCGAAAUGCCACGAAGGAUCAGGAGAAAAUAUAUGUGCGUUUAUAUACCUAUCUACCCACAUAUACACAGCAACGGACUAUUCACUCCGACGACGACGACGACGACGACGACGACGAUGGGCGACGAGGAAGAAGCGCCUAGUGGAAGGUCGCGCCUUUAUGCGCGUCCACUUUGUGCUGUCUGGCCGCGAAUGGGAAACGAAGGAAUCGGCGGAAUGAGAUCCUUGGAUACGGAGCCAACGCCAGACGUGGCCAAGCAAAAUAUGGCGCCGCGGGAUAAUCCAGCGAGCGCAAAAAGAACUCGAGAGCUCGCGCAAUGUAUCUGCAUUACUGCGCGGUGCUUGCCGAGUCAUGCUAAAAUAAGCGUUUUCGUGCGUGCAAAGGACUCUUAGAAUUAAGAAUAUUUUAACAUUAGCUAAAACAACUAUAUUUCUUUAUUUUCUGUUUGCUUUUAUCGACUCUCAUAAAGAAUUGCUCCAUUUAUCGAUUAUUAUUGUUAAAAGUUAAAAAUUAAAUUAUUGAAAGCAG